AUGCAAGGCGCCGUCUUAGCCUCCCCUGACCAGGAUCGCUCCCACACCUGUAGCGUUCGUGAUCGGCUUCCUCAACUGCGUAUCGAUCGAAAGGCAGGGCGGCACAGCGCCCAACCGACAAGAGUGGUGACGUCAAGUAAGUCCCCCCUCGAUUCCCAACAUGCUAAGGUGCCCACGGGUGGGUAG